GAUAGUCUGAUACGCGUGCGUUUAUUUGCGUGUCGCGCGAUGUGAGCCCAAGCAGGGCUGAGCGGCUCGUAAAUAUCGUACGUUUGAGCGGGUUUCGGCCGGAUUCCCCGUAACGUCGACAAAUGAGACGCGGCGAGCAACGCGAGGUCAACAAGUGCUUACCGAACGAUGAACUAUCUCAACAGCAUAGCAGGCGGCACGACGACCGCCGACUCGGGCCUGCAGCUCAACAAUGUCGAGAUUCUCUACACGAAGGUACAGAGGAUUUACGUCAAGCCGCAGCAUAAGGAGGAACGCCAGCGGGAUCUCAGAGUCAAUGUCGAGAUUCACGCUGGCAUCAGUCCGGUUUGUCGCAAGAGCUUGUGCGUUUUGCUGGCUGAUGACGAUGAUCCGUGUUUCCUCUAUUCCCUAUUUAUCACUGAGGAUGAUUUUAAAGUGCUGAAAGCGCAACAGGGACUGUUGGUUGAUUUCGAUAAUUUUGCCACUCAGUUAAUAUGCUUGUUGGAGCAAUGUCACGUUCCGGGAACGAGUCAACUGACAAAAACUCCACCAAAGUUUCUCUUGUUGUUGGCAGAGGAAUCUGGAGAUUGGAACUUCAAGCUUGUGGAGACGAAUAAUUUCAAACAUCUCUGUCACCUAAGUUUAAACAUAUCACCUGCAAGCGAUUCGGAUUUGAAAACACACAUGGCAAUGAAGAUUAAGCACCUGAAAGAAACUAUUUCGCAACAAAGUAGAGAUGCCGUCAGUUUAGAAACUAGUUUAAACGAUUUGACGAGUAAACUAGAAACAAAAACAAAAGAAUUGGAGCAGUUGGAGCAAAAGUAUCUAACUGAAAAGAACCAGUUGCAGUUCAAUUCAUCGCAGCAAAUUAAUAUAGAAAAAGACAGGUUAGCACAAGCACGACUAGAAUGGCAACGGCAGAGUGAAAAAGAAAAAAUAGAAAUUGAACAGAGACAUGCUGAAACCAUGAAACAAUUACACACAGAACUUGCUGAAUUACGAACACAGAAUAUGACAUAUAAGGAUAAACAAUCCUUUUUAGAAGCUACAAACACAGAGCAGGUGAAACAAUUGCAGAAUCUCGAAAAGGAACUCAAUAUCGCCGAACGGGAUUUGGCGCUACUUAAAAAACAAAACUCAAAACUAGAUGUAGAUUACCAUAGCAAAGAUGAAGCUGUUAAUAGUUUACGUACGAGGGUAGCUGUGCUUGAACAAGAAUUAAAGGACAAAACAGUGAUCGCUAACAAGCACAUAGAAAUGCUAAAAACGGGUAAAGAACAGAAGCAGCAUUUAGAGGAUCUUUUAACGGAGAAAGACAGUCAAUUGCAACGCAAGCAAAAUUCCUUAAGGAGCCUAAGUGACGAAUUAGUAAAAGCCAAUGAAAUCUUAACAAAAUUACAAAAUGAACUUGCAUCAACCAAGUCCAAAUUAAAAUUGAGGACGAGCAUAGCACUCGAACAGGAAAGGUUGUUAGACAGCAAACAGAAAGAAGUUGGCCAAUUGGAAACAAAAAUGGAGGGUCUUACUAGAGAUGCAAAAGAUGCGAAGAGUGAAGUGGACAAUUUAAAAGAACAGAUAAGAACGUUGCAACAUCAAUUGGAGGAAAAAGAAAAGAUCAUAAAGAAUAACGAUAACGUAAUCAGUUGGCUGAAUCGAAGAUUAGCGGAUAAUCAAUCGCCAUUACAAAACGUUACUCCAGCUCCAAUCACGGUAUCAUCCACUAACGUUCCAUUAACGUUACCCAGAACAAAUAAAUUAUUUCCUAAUCGAUAUGAAACGCGCACGCCUGCACCCAGCACGAUACAGUCUACUACGUUAUCGGGUUUACCGAUGAAAAAUCCGAUCGUCCAAAAUCCGAACAUUAAUCAGACUACUCGCACGACAGCUCGAUCGAUGGGUGUUGGUGUAACGGACAGUUCGGUAGGAUUAACCACCUUCAAUAAAAGCCCUCUGAUCUCGAGUAGCAGCACACCUAUGGAGCGUUUCAACGCGUUGAAUAAAAUGGCGGGAAAUCCAGCGGCUUCAACCUCGGCGCCGGCUAUAGUCGAAAAUAACAAUGGUCCGGCAGUGAUCUCGAAUGGUACAAAAAUGAAAACUGCAAGCAUUGGCUUGCAAGGUGGAUUAAGACGAGCAGGUUUGUCUGACAAACCCCUUUUACCUUCAGCAUAUUUUCCUAAGACUUUGCAUUGAUCAACUGCUUGGAAGGAAUUGCCGAUAUAGAAAUUGGUAAGUGUCGGAGAGUACUUUAAGAAUCAAAAGGACAAAAUAAGAACGGCAAAGCUGCAAUAUUGUUAUUGACAAUCGUAACAAUAUUUCAAGUUUUCCGUCUCGGAAAUAGUACAAAUAUCUCUAAGAAUGAUUAGUAUUAUUUACAAGAUAUUUUUUACGACAUAAAAAUUUUAGACUAUUUUUAAUCCUACACAUUGGCGCCUUUUUAUAUAAAAGAAAAUGAUAUUAAUUUACCGCCAAUAUAAUAAUCAGAUUAUAACGAUGUAGGAUUAAUAAUAAUACAUAAUUAUUUGUAUAUACUGUACUAUCAUAUUCCGAUCUCGUUCACUACGGCGUAAAAUACGUAUAUAUAUAUAUACUGGUAGAAAAAUUCCAUUAACUCACAAUAUGCUUUUAUAUUAAUUUUGAUUAGCUUCUACAUUAUUAGUAUAAUUUUAUAAAAAAAAGACUUUAAUAUAUAAAUAUGACAAGGUACAUAAAGUUGAAAGACCAGUGAAAUUGAUAUUUAUAAUGAGGAUAAUACAUGCAUAUACAUAAAUGAAUUUUUGCCAUUUAUAAUAUUGAUUCUAAAAACAGUUUUUAAAAAAUAAUCUUAAAUUUAAACAGUUUUAAUUGCAGAUUUUGGAUUCCGUUAUGCCAAACAAUGUUAUAAAGAAAACAUAUUUUUUAUGACCGACAAAUUUGAAACGGAGUAAUUUUAAAAUUAACAUGGCACUUUUUUUCAUUUUAUCACAAUCACAAUUAACUUUAUUAUGCAACUGGUUACUAAUAAUUAAUAUUUUCACUAUUGUUAGAUUGAUAGUUACAUUUAAAGCGUAUUAAAAUCACAUAGGUACCUGGAAAAUAAUUUCUUCUUUGUGAAUUUUAUGUAAUAACUGUAUAAAUAUUUUUAUAUAUAAAUGGAGAUAUUAAUGAAAAAACUAUGUAUGUAGAAAGCUCUCUAAUUUUGCGGCUCAUGACCAUAAAGGCCAUUUAAUACAAAUAGAAUGUGCCUCACAGAAUAGAUUAGAAAUUUUUAUUAUAUUUAUACACGUAUGAUUUAUAUUGUAUCUAUCAUAAAAAUCAUACUGAAGAGAAAUUGUUUGUUAGUUGCAAUAUUGUAAAAUUUUUAUAUAUUCAAAAUGUAUCUUUUUAAGCUAUGUGCCACACAAGGUAUAAAUGUAUCAGGUGAAUUCAAAUUUGUAAAGCAUGUCAAUUUAUUAAAUUACAUAAAUAGAGCAACAGUAUUAAAUAUAAUAAAUAGCGAUAAGAUGGUAAAUAAAAAUGAUUCCAUAUA